CAUGCGAUAAUACUAAAGUAUAAUAGUCUCUGCCAAAACUGCAUGCAGCCCAAUCCAACUUCCGAAUUUUACCGGAUUUAAAUUUUUUACUAAAUUAAAAUUAAAUAGAGCAAAAUUACAAAAUGAUUUAGAUAAAUUACUGCAAUUACAAGAUAAAUUAGCACCAACAGAUUGAAAAGAAUGAAGAUUAAGCUAAAAACCUAACAAUCUAACUCAACCUUUCAACAACAAAAGUCUAAAACAGUAAAACCUCAGUCUCCUCUCUCAAUAAAUUCGCAAACUUUCUCAUUUUCACUUUUCCCAACACACUCCUCUCCCCCUUAUAAAAACACCCACCACCAUUUUUGACAAAGACCCCCAAAAGAAAAACCCCAAAAUCCCACUAACAAAGUUUUUUUUUUUAAAAAAAAAAGCCCACCACCGCUGGACCACCGUCUCAACCGCCGCUGCCACUAUAAAAAAAAAGUUGUGAUUUUUUUCUAGUUUUUUUAGGUACCCACUAUGUCCUCACUGCUCGAUACCACUCCACCGUCAACACCAGGCAAAUUCAAACCGGAAAAGUCCGCCGCCGCCGCUUAUCUCCACCACCCUCAUCACCGGUUUCUUCGCUUACAGAAACUCACUUUUUAUUCCUUUCUUUUCCUUAUUCUCUUCCUUUUCUUCUUCAUCCUCUCCCCAUCUCCCCCUUCCUCUUCCAAGCCUCCUUUCUCUGGGCGUGAAUUGGGUGGCCCACUUUGGGAAAAAAAAGUAGCUAAAUCGGCUCGUCCCAAGUCACGCUCUGGCUUAACAGUCUUAGUCACUGGUGCUGCUGGUUUUGUAGGUACCCAUGUGUCAGUUGCAUUAAAACGUAGGGGAGAUGGUGUGCUUGGGCUUGAUAAUUUUAAUCAUUAUUAUGAUGUUAGCCUUAAAAGAGGUAGACAGAAGGUACUAGAGAAGUCUGGGAUUUUUGUAAUUGAAGGUGAUAUUAAUGAUAUGGGAUUGCUGAACAAGAUUUUCGAUACGGUGCGUUUUACUCAUGUAAUGCAUUUAGCUGCUCAAGCUGGUGUUCGUUAUGCAAUGCAGAAUCCAAAGUCUUAUGUCAAUAGUAAUAUUGCUGGCUUUGUUAAUUUACUUGAGGUUUGUAAAUCAGCAAACCCACAACCUGCAGUUGUUUGGGCUUCUUCGAGUUCAGUUUAUGGACUGAAUUUCAAGGUGCCCUUUUCAGAGAAGGAUAGAACUGAUCAGCCUGCAAGUUUAUAUGCAGCUACGAAGAAAGCUGGAGAGGAAAUUGCUCAUUCGUAUAAUCAUAUUUAUGGUUUGUCAAUUACUGGUUUAAGGUUUUUUACUGUUUAUGGACCUUGGGGAAGGCCUGACAUGGCCUAUUUCUUUUUCACUAAGGAUAUUUUGAAGGGGAAGGAGAUUGGUAUCUUUCAAACAGCUGAUGGAAGGAGUGUAGCAAGGGAUUUUACUUACAUUGAUGAUAUUGUGAAAGGCUGUUUAGCUGCUUUGGAUACCGCCAAGAAGAGUACUGGGAGUGGUGGCAAGAAGAAGGGUGCCGCUCAAUUCAGGCUUUUUAAUUUGGGGAAUACUUCACCUGUACCUGUUAGUAGGCUUGUUGGGAUUUUGGAGAGUCUCUUGAAGGUGAAAGCUAAGAAGAAAGUGUUGCCAUUGCCAAGAAAUGGGGACGUUGAGUUUACACAUGCCAAUAUUAGUUUUGCGCAAAGAGAGCUUGGAUAUAGGCCUACAACUGAUUUGGGAACAGGGCUUAAGAAGUUUGUGAGAUGGUAUCUCAAUCAUUAUUCGGGUUCAAGAUCGACGAAGAAGAGUUCUUGGUGAAUUGAUAUUUACUUUGAACUUUUAAUUAUAUAUGCUUGCACAUAUCCUUGAAAUCUUCCUUCAUUUAUCAUCAUACAAAGAGGAACGUCUUGCAAUGUGUCCUUGCUGAUUGAUGAACAUGUUCCGAUUUGAAUCAACAGAAAUUGGUAUUUAUUUUUGUUUCUCCUCACAUAUUUGCUUCAUUCUUUUAGGGUUCAUUUAUAGUUCAGAGACGUUGUAUAAUUGUGAAGCAAUUUAAAUAAUUACAUUGAUUUUGAAUUGA